UCAGUGUACUGUAGGUACAGCGUAGAUUCAUCCAAAUAUUUACAGACUUUUAUAUCAUGUUAUUACUAGAGUCUUGUUCAGACUAUUUUAGCCUGGGUUUAAUUCCACUUGCUGUCUGGAGCAUAGUCGUGAACAUCUUGUUAUAUUUUCCAAAUGGGGAAUCCUCGUAUGCUUCAAAUAACCAGCUUACUAAUUACGUUUGGUACUUUCAAGGGAUCUGCUUUGGAGGAAUCAUGAUACUUAUUAUCGCCACUGUCCUUCUACUGGUGGAUAAUUAUAAAUGCUGUACAUCUUGUUGUUUGGGCAGAACAGGACAAAAAGCAAAAUAUUUGCGGCUUGGAUCACCUGUUUUUGCCUUUCUUGGGCUUCUCUUCUCAGGAUAUUCUUUAAUUAUCUCUUCUUUGGGAUUAGUGCAAGGACCGUUCUGCAAAACAUCCAUCGCCUGGGAAUAUCCCUUUAUAAAUACAGCUGGAGGGUAUCUUACUGAAUUCUCCACCUGGUCUCAGUGCUCCGAGCCCGCCAACGUGGUAGAAUGGAACGUCAUUUUAUUCUCCAUCCUGAUUGCACUCAGUGCUCUGCAAGUGAUUUUCUGCUUAUUCAAAGCCGUAUAUGAUAUUAAGGUCAUCUUUUGUGGCACACACUCGGUAAUCGUUCAGCCAGAAGAGAUCUAAAGACCCAGAUCUUGCAUUUCGUUGUUAAAUAAACUAAGAAUUGUGAUAAUGAGUAUUUCAAUAAGAGACUGUAUUGUAUUCUUUGGGGAAAUAUCUCCCAGAAUCCUCUAUGGUAGGGUCACGAUGACUAAGUAACUUAAAUCACAAGGCUCUAGCACACUUAUAGUGCAGAAGGCUUUCAGGUUGUACCAUACCUGCCAACUACCCUUCUCUAGAGCGGACUGUCUUCUUUGGGAUGCGUAUUCCUCUGUCCAUCUUUCUUCUCCGAUGUCUUUAUUUUCUAUGGCUAUGGUGGGAAUCAUGUUCUACAGCAUGAAAGGUCACAGCAAUAUGUAUUUGGACAUAAGAUCAUGUGUAAAUAAAAUGCAACAUUUUCUCCCAGGUA